AUGGCACUGUCCUCGGAUCUGUACGGCACCCCUGCCUCCAGGCUGGACUCCUUCGUGGCCCAGUGUCUGCAACCCAGCCGGGAGUGGAAAGAAGAGGUGCUGGACGCUGUGCGGACCGUGGAGCAGCUGCUGAGGGAGGAGACCUUGCAGGGAGAGUAUGGGCUGGACCAGGAGGUGCGGGUGCUGAAGACCGUGAAGGUGGGCUCCUUUGGGAACGGCACAGUGCUCAGCGGCAGCACGGAGGUGGAGCUGGUGGUGUUCCUGAGCUGUUUCCGCAGCUUCCAGGAGGAGGCCAAGCACCACCAAGCUGUCCUGAAACUGAUCCGGAGAAAGCUGUGGACUUGUCAGGACCUGCUGUCCCUCGGGCUGGAAGUCUUGGAGGUGGCCCAGGGAGUCCCCGAUGCUCUCGUCUUCACCAUCCAGACCAGGCAGAUCGAGGAGACCAUCACUGUCACCAUCGUGCCUGCCUACAGGGCCCUGGGGCCUUCUGCUCCCAACUCUCAGCCACACCCCCAGGUCUAUGUGAGCCUGAUCAAGGCCUGCCGCUACCCUGGGAGUUUCUCUCCCUCCUUCUGCGAGCUGCAGAGAGACUUCGUGAAGCAUCGGCCAACCAAGCUGAAGAGCCUCCUGAGGCUGGUCAAACACUGGUACCUGCAGUAUGUGAAAGCCAGAUGCCCCAGGGCCAUGCUACCCCCUCUCUAUGCUCUUGAGCUACUGACCAUCUAUGCCUGGGAAAUGGGUACACAGGAGAAUGAGAGUUUCAGGUUGGACGAAGGCCUCACCACUGUGAUGGAACUACUCCAGGACUAUGAGUCCCUUUGCAUCUACUGGACCAAGUACUACACGUUCCAGAGCCCAAUCAUUGAGGAUGUUGUCAAAAAACAGUUCCAAGGACAGAGGCCCAUCAUCCUGGAUCCGGCUGACCCCACCUACAACGUGGCGGAAGGGCAUAGAUGGGACAUAGUUGCUCAGAGGGCUUGCCAGUGCCUGAAGCAGGACUGUUGCUAUGACAAGGACGACCCAGUCCCCAGCUGGAAUGUGAAGAGGGCACGAGACAUCCAGGUGACUGUGGAGCAGUGGGGUUGCCCAGAUUUGAUCCUCACAGUGAACCCUUAUGAGACCCUAAGGAAGGUUAAAGAGAAGAUCCGGCAAAGACAGGGCUGCUCCGGCCUGCAGCGUCUGUCCUUCCAGAUGCCCAGCGGCGAGCGGAAGCUCCUCAGCAGCCGCAGCUCCCUGGCCAAUUUUGGGAUCUUCUCCAACACUCGCAUUUGUCUGCUGGAGACCACUCCCCCCGAGAUCCAGAUCUUUGUGAGGAAUCCUGAUGGUGGGAGCCACGCCUAUGCCAUUGACCCCAAAAGCUUAGUCCUGAGCCUGAAGCAGCAGAUAGAAGACAAGCAGGGGCUGCUCAGAAAACAGCAAGAGCUGCAGUUCCAAGGCCAGAUCCUGCAGGAUUGGUCAUUGUUUGAGAACUAUGGUAUCGAGGACAGCGACACCCUCAUCCUCUCCAAGAAGAAAGACACGAAUUUUCCAUUUCUAUCCAGCUAGUUUCCUCUGGGAAACCUCUCUGUGCGGUUCUGCCAUCUAACCCAGGGCUCAUCUUAAUCACUCCUUCCAGUUCUGUGCUGGGGAGGUCCCAUGUCUUCACCGGCUAUGUCAAGAGUUAUCCUAGCUGUCCCUCUCAGUGUAGGAAUGAGGAGGGGUGUGAGAGGUUAGAUAUACAAAUAACCAGACCACAUAUGACAAUAGAAUUCUGACCCACAACCUCUGCAGCCACCCCUUUAGGAAGCGAAACCACAGCAUGUGCAGCAAUGAACACAGAAUCGUCAGGACUUGAGCGAUAUCUGCCAGUUUCCUUAAUCUCUCCCCCCACACACAACUCCUCCCCACCUUGCCUUCCAACACAAGACCAACCAGCGAAAACCAAGUAAGCACUCUAAAAAUCACAUAGGAUGAUGUCCUGCCUCUAGAUAGCCUGCUCCAGCCUCCCCAUGCCACCAACCUCAAUCAGGGCACACCU